AUGAUAACAAGACUUUAUAACACCGAAGAAGAUCCCGCCUAUUGCUCAUUCAUCUGGGGUGCGAAUCUUAGCAGCAAUGACCUCGUCCUCGGCACCGCGGCCAAUGUGUCCCACAUCUUCAGCAACGACUUGAGGGACGACAUUUACACGGAUGUGGAGGAUCCGCGCACCGAAGCCCUACGCCAAUACUGCUAUGGUCUCAUGCUCCCCAUCAUCUGCUCCCUUGGCAUCAUGGGUAAUGUGCUCAAUCUAAUUGUCCUCACCCGUCGCAAUAUGCGAGGCACCGCCUACAUCUACAUGCGAGCCUAUUCCACCGCCGCACUGCUUGCCAUUGUCUUCGCUAUACCCUUCGGAAUACGCAUGCUCGUCCACAAGGAUCGUGGACAGUGGGAGGAAUUCGGGCCGGCAUUUUACACGGCCCACUUGGAGCUUUUUCUCGGCAACGGCUGUUUGGGCGUAGGUGUUAUGAUGCUAUUGGUGUUGACAAUAGAGCGUUACGUAUCCGUGUGCCAUCCGGGAUGCACUCGACCCGUAAUGGGACCUCCAGGCGUGGUUGUUUUUCUCACCUGCUUUGCCACAUUCAUCAUCUAUUUGCCGAGCAUCUUUCGGGGUGAGCUUAUCAAGUGCAUACUGACCCCGAACAAUGUGUUCGUGUACUUGAGGCGGGAUAAUGCCGACUAUCAGAGCUCCCUAUUUUAUUCGGUGUACAAGAUCAUGUUGGAGGUAAUAUUCAAGCUAAUACCGACGGUUCUGAUAGCGGGUCUCAAUUUGCGUAUCAUGCUGGUCUAUCGCCGAACCUGUGAGCGUCGACGCCAAAUGGUAUUGACCCGGGCCACUUAUGUGAAGGACGAUGAUCCCAGGAAGUUUGCGGAGGAGCGACGGCUAUUUUUGCUGCUCGGUAGUACCUCGAUACUGUUUUUGCUGUGUGUUUCGCCAAUGGCAAUACUACAUAUGACGAUUGCCUCGGAGGUGCUGCCCAGUUUUCCGUUUCAGGUGUUUCGAGCGCUUGCCAAUCUGCUGGAGUUGAUCAACUACUCGAUUACGUUCUAUAUAUACUGUCUGUUUAGCGAGGACUUUCGCAAUACCCUGAUGAGAACCAUCAAGUGGCCGUGGCUCAAGGCCAAGCUAUGCCAUCAGGGGGAUGAGGUGAGUGCUAGUCCGCCAGGCGUCCCAAUGGUGCGAUUCGAUAAGGUGGCCAUACGUAAUCAUCAUCACAUCACCACCACAUCUGGCAUUGGACGAUCCAGCAGCAUAUAG